GUACCUCACUAGUCACUAAAAUGAAGGCAACCUCUGCCUAUAAAUUUAUAUGAUGCACUCACACAAAUUUACUCAAUUCCUUCUACUCUUUACAACUAAAAGAAAAUGGAGUUAAAGUUUGCUCACAUCAUUGUUUUCUUUCUUCUUGCAACUUCCUUUGAAACUCUCAUGGCACGAAAAGAAGGUGAUGGAUCAGAAGUCAUAAAACUUCUAAAGGAAUCGGAAUCUGAAUCUUGGUGCAAAGGAAAACAAUUCUGGCCAGAACUUAUUGGUGUACCAACAAAGCUUGCUAAGGAAAUAAUUGAGAAGGAAAAUCCAUCCAUAAAUGAUGUUCCAAUAAUAUUGAAUGGCUCUCCAGUCCCAUUGGAUUAUCGUUGUAAUCGAGUUCGUCUUAUUGAUAACAUUUUGGGUGAUGUUGUACAAAUUCCUAGCGUGGCUUAAUUAAUGGAUUAUUAUUGAAGUAAUUAAGCAGCCACAUGUCAAAAAUAAUUAGGGUUCAUGUAUGUUCAUUAUAAUAAUGUCUCCAUGUACUCUUACUAUAUAUAAUGGAAUAAAUAAGUGUGGCUUAAUUAAAUGUACUCUCCUUAA